UAAAAAAAAUAAAAAAAGAAGAAUAGAAAAGAGAUAAUAUUAGAGAGGUAUGUUUGGUUUAUUUAUAUUGUAGAUAGAGUCGAUAGGAAGAGAGAAAGAGGUAGGCAUGCAUGGGAGGUGGAGGGAAAAUACGUGCAUGUGCAUGGAUGAGUGGUUGACAGCCGCAAAAGGCAAAGGCCAGAAAUGAAGGUGACAGGGUCAAGAGUGGGCGAAAUUAAUGGGAAAAAUUUGAAGGAGAGAGCGAGGUAGCUAUUGUUAGAAUGGUGGUAAUUGUGGGAGCUCCAUCUCUCAAACACGCACGACAACCUAGCUAGGUAGUUUUCCAUUCCCGUAGGUGGGUACCCAAAUUCAACAAACAAAACAAAAAAAGGCAAAUCCAAAACAAUCAGAGAACCUCAAUCUUUCCGAGCAGCGGUCCAUUUCUCUCCCGGACGCAUAAGAUUUCCGGCACGGCGAUGGCCGCUGUUCGCCUAUUCUUCUUCCUCCUCCUCCUCUCCCUCCUCCCUCCCUCCCAUCCUCUCUCGGAUAACCAAGCUCUCCUCAACCUAAAAAAAUCCUUCUCCGACCCCCAAACCCUCCCCUCCUGGGUCCCCGACCAGAACCCUUGCUCCUCUCGUUGGGUCGGCGUCAUCUGCGUCAACAACGUCAUCAACAGCCUCCAUCUCACCGACCUCUCCCUCUCUGGCACCAUAGACAUCGAAGCCCUCUCCCAGAUCCCCUCUCUCCGCUCCAUCAGCUUCAACAACAACAACUUCUCCGGGCCCAUUCCCGCCUUCAACAAACUCGGAGUCCUCAAAGCCCUCUACUUGACCAACAAUAAGUUCUCCGGCCCCAUCCCCUCCGACUUCUUCUCCCAGUUAGCCUCCUUGAAGAAAAUAUGGCUUUCCAACAACAAAUUCUCCGGCCCCGUCCCGCAAUCCUUAACCACCCUCCGCUUCCUCUCCGAGCUCCAUCUCGAGAACAACGAGUUCUCCGGCCCCGUUCCCGAACUCAAACAGGACAUCAAAUCACUCGACUUCUCCAACAACAAGCUCCAAGGCCCAAUCCCCUCCUCCAUGUCGCGCUUCGACGCAAAAUCUUUCUCCGGCAACAUUGAACUCUGCGGGCAGCCGCUGGAUAAACCGUGUGAGUCCGCGGCCAGUGAAGGCCCCGGUUGGGGAUUGAAGGUGGUUAUUAUCAUCUUCAUUGCCGCUGUUCUCGCCGGCGUUUUCGUCAUGGCGCGAUCCAAGCGUCAACGCGACGAUGACUUUAGCGUGAUGAGCAGGGAUAACGCGGAGGAGGUGGUGCAGGUGCACGUACCAAGCACCAACCACAGCAGGGGAAACUCCGAUGGGAGCAAGAAGGAGUCGACGACGUCGAAGAAAGGGGCGGGGCGGAGUAUUGGUGACCUCGUGAUGGUGAACGACGAGAGGGGCACGUUUGGGUUGCCUGAUCUGAUGAAGGCUGCGGCGGAGGUUCUCGGAAACGGUGGGCUGGGUUCGGCGUACAAAGCAGCCAUGGCCAGUGGGUUGUCUGUGGUGGUAAAGCGAAUGCGGGAGAUGAAUAAAGUGAGCAGAGACAUCUUCGACGCCGAGAUGAGACGUUUUGGAAGACUCAGAAACCCUAACAUCUUGACGCCUCUCGCUUACCAUUACCGCAAGGAGGAGAAGCUGUUCGUCACAGAGUACAUGCCCAAAGGAAGCUUGUUAUACGUCUUGCACGGUGACAGAGGAUCGAGUCAUUCGGACCUGAACUGGCCAAUCCGUUUGAAAAUUGUGAAGGGAAUAGCACGAGGGUUAGGGUUUCUGUAUAAAGAAUUUUCCAGCGAAGACCUGCCACAUGGAAACCUGAAAUCAAGCAAUGUUCUGCUAACUGAUAAUUACGAAGCUCUCCUCAGCGAUUUCGCCUUUCAUCCUCUAAUGAACCACAGCUACGCCGUACAGACAAUGUUUGCAUACAAAACUCCAGAUUACGUAACAUACCAGCGUGUGACACAGAAAACAGACGUCUACUGCCUCGGAAUCAUCGUUCUUGAGGUGAUCACCGGGAAAUUCCCUUCUCAGUAUCACAGCAAUGGCAAGGGUGGCACUGACGUGGUGCACUGGGUGCUAACUGCAAUCUCUGACAGAAGAGAGGCGGAGUUGAUCGAUCCAGAGUUGAAGAGCAGUCACUCUAACUCCCUGAAUCAAAUGCUACAACUUCUCCAAAUAGGGGCUGCUUGCACGGAGAGCAACCCCGACCAACGACUUAACAUGAAGGAAGCCAUUAGGAGGAUAGAGGAGGUUCAGGUUUAA